GUGAAAGCCGAGCUAAGCUAGGCUAGGCUAGGCUAGUUUUCACUGAAAGCAGAGCGCUCGCUCGCUCGCCUCCAUAAGCGGCGAGAAGGGAGGAGCACCAACACAAGCUUCUCUGGCGGUCACAUUGCCAAGCAAGCGCCUUCCAAGCAUUUCCAGCCAUGGCAGAGGCUCACCAGGCUGUAGCGUUCCAGUUCACCAUUACACCAGAGGGCUUUGAUCUGCAGCUCUCUUAUCAGGCCCUGAACCAGAUCUACCUGUCGGGAGUACGAUCGUGGAAAAAGCGUGUCAGCCGCAUAAGGAACCGGGUGAUCAAGGGGAUGUAUCCUGCCAGUCCUUCAUCCUGGCUGUUUGUCGUCAUUGCUAUCCUGGCCACAAUGUACAUGCGCUCUGAUCCUAGCAUGGGGCUCAUUGCCAAGAUACAGCAACACCUUCCCCUCAGCCUCCAUGUUUCUCUCAGCGCUCAGGGCCAGACAAUGCUUUCCGCGCUGGUCUUCAGUACGCUGCUGUGGCUGUCCCUCAUCCUCGCUCUCAGGUUCUGCCUCAAACUGCUUCUCUCCUACCACCAGUGGAUGUUCGAGCAGCAUGGUCGAGUUUCCAACACCACUAAGAUCUGGGUGACUCUAUUGAGGCUCUUAUCUAGCAGGAAGCCUCUACUUUACAGCUAUCAAACAUCGCUACCUCACCUGCCUGUUCCUGCCAUAAAGGACACCCUGAGCAGGUACUUGGAGUCAGCACGCCCUCUGUUGUCAGAUUGUGAGUACAAACGGAUGACAAAAUUGGCUUCUGACUUUGAAUGUAACCUUGGAAAUCGACUCCAACGCUACUUAAAACUUAAAGCUCUCUGGGCGACUAACUAUGUGAGUGACUGGUGGGAGGAAUACAUUUACCUCCGGAGCAGAGGCCCCAUAAUGGUCAACAGCAACUACUACGGCAUGGACUUCCUGUAUGUGACCCCGACUUCUGUGCAAGCUGCGAGGGCAGGCAACACAAUUACCGCCAUGCUCCUCUACCGCCGCAAGGUCAACCGGGAGGAACUCAAACCGAGCCGUGUUCCAGGUACUGUUAUCCCUCUGUGUGCCGCCCAGACUGAGAGGAUGUUCAACACAACACGCACUCCGGGAGUUGAAACUGAUGUUCUACAACACUGGCUGGACAGUGAGUUUAUUACAGUGUACCACAAGGGACGCUAUUUCCGCUUGUGGGUGUACCAGGCCGGCCGCCUGCUCUCUCCCAGAGAGAUUGAAUACCAGAUUCAGAAGAUCCUGGAUAACCCGUCACCCCCACAACCUGGAGAAGACAAACUCGGAGCACUCACUGCUGGGGACAGGAUACCUUGGUGUCAGAUGAGAAAGCAAUACUUCAGCAGCGGCAUCAACAAGCGAUCGCUAGAUGUCAUCGAGAAAGCAGCCUUCUUUGUGACCUUGGAUGAUGAGGAGCAAGGCAUGAGGGGAAAUGACCCAGCAGGAAACUUGGACCGCUAUGCCAAGUCACUGCUCCAUGGCAAAUGUUAUGACAGGUGGUAUGAUAAAUCAUUUUCAGUUGUGAUCUACAAGAAUGGGAAGAACGGACUGAACGCUGAGCACUCUUGGGCUGAUGCACCAACUGUGGCUCACCUUUGGGAGUACACACUAGCCACUGAUGCGUUCCAUCUGGGAUACACUGAGGAUGGACACUGUAAGGGUGAAGUGGACCACUCAUUGCCAACCCCCCAGAGGCUUAUCUGGGACAUCUCACCAGAGGUUCAAGCUCAAGUAUGCAGCUCCCUUGCUGUUGCCCAGGCUUUGGCUGACGAUGUGGACUGCCAUGUCUUCCCCUUCAGAGACUUUGGAAAAGGCCGAAUUAAGAAGCUUCGCGUCAGCCCUGACGCAUUCAUUCAGAUCGCAUUACAGUUGGCCAACUACAGGGAUCGUGGCGGUUUCUGUCUGACUUAUGAGGCGUCAAUGACCCGCCUCUUCAGGGAAGGACGGACAGAGACUGUGCGAUCCUGCUCAAAUGAAAGCAGUGCCUUUGUCAAAGCGUUGGAGAGUGGAGAGACCGCAGAACAAUGUGGGCGCCUCUUUAGACUGGCUUCCGAGAGACACCAGAAUCUUUAUCGACUGGCUAUGACUGGAGCAGGAAUUGACAGACACCUCUUCUGCCUGUACGUUGUCUCGAAAUAUUUGGGCGUGGAGUCACCAUUCCUCAAAGAGGUUUUGUCUGAGCCUUGGCGCCUCUCCACCAGUCAGACGCCAGUCCAGCAAAUGGAGCUUUUCGACUUGAAGAACCACCCUGAAUUUGUAUCGCUAGGCGGAGGGUUCGGACCUGUUGCUGAUGAUGGUUACGGCGUUUCUUACAUCGUCGUGGGUGAAGAUAUGAUCAACUUCCAUGUGUCGUGCAAAUACUCCUGCAAUGAGACUGAGUCCCAUCGGUUUGGAGCUCAGAUAAACAAAGCUCUCCAGGACAUUAUGAGUGUUCUCUCUGCUGACACCAAAACUCCUCCAUGGUCCAAAGCCACAGCCGAGUCUCAGCCUAAGAAGACCAUCUGAAUACAGUCAAGCGUGUAUGAAUAUUGCCCUCACAAACACACAGGGAAGAUUCUAUUAUAUUAAAAGUGGAAGUGGAAAUAGUAAGAUGAAGCAUUUAGUUCCUACUUCUCUACCUGUGUCAAUCAUUGCUGCAUUACAUUUGACACAUCUCUUUAACGGGAUCUUAUUGCACAAUCUCGAUUGUGCAGAUGUACCUAAUGUUGUGGUUGGUGACUGUUUUCUCAGUGAUGUAAGAAAUAUGACACUUGUGUCUUUAAAAGGGAAAUGGAAGAAGAGAAGUUGAAAUUGAAGCACAUUUAAAUCUGAGUGUAUGGUGCUUACUUGAAUUUGAUAGCUGUGAGUUUUAACGACUGUAGCCUUUUUUUUGUGCAUAACCGUUUGGAUGUUCUCAUUUCCUGUUUAAGCUGAAUAGUCUGUAUGAGUUUGGAUUUGUAGUGGCGUGCAGUGAAUACAAAGUAAAAGUAGUCUGUGAUUAUAUUUGGAGGAUGUGGUUCAGGAUAUUCAAAUGCCAGCAGCUCUUUGCGGCUGUUUGAUGAUUUGCAUGGAAACCGCAGAUAUGAAAUGACAUCAAGCCAGAUAUGAAAAGUCACUGCAUCUUCCUUUGAGGCUUUUUCAGUGCCACGCAACAGUCUUUCAAUCGUAACGGACUGCAAAUUUGAGUUAAAGGACUGCUUGAAUGCAACCAUAUUAACAGCAAACAAAUGAACAGUGGAUUGAAGUACAGAUUUUUUUUUUAUUGUAUGCGUUUGGUCAAUUUUAGAUGAAGGAGAGACUGUGUUUUACUUACCGGUAUAUAUAUUUAAGUCAUUAUAAGGCUAUGUUUGGUUAAGCCUCAGUCGGGCUUCGCUGCUGUCGCAUGAAACGCCUCCAGUGUUGAAAAUGGUCGGCCUUGUCAUUGAUUUCACUAAUACCAUACUUAUUUCCUGAAAUAGAUCCCUUCCUUUUUCAUAAGUCGCUAAAUUAAGCUUUACUAUAGCCAUCAAGCUCACAUGGGCACACUUUGGCAUGUGACACCCCAAUUUGUGUUUACACUGAGGGUGUGUCAGCAGUACAAUUAUGAGCUUUGUGAAUAGCGUGACAUCACAACAGCGCAGCAUGACGGCACGUAACUUCUUCGUCUUUGACUGCGCUAUAUUAUUGAUGGGAACCAAACCAAGAAUCAAAUGAAAAACUAAUAAAGUGAGACAGCGGCUAAUGAUUCACUGUCAGCCAGUCAAUAGCUGUGUGUCUUUGUUCAAAGAAAAACAACCUCGUCAAUGAAAAUGUUGCUUCAAAAUAAACACCUGGUUAAAUGCCCGCAGCCACCAUCAAAGAAAAGAAUCUGCUUGAUGUUUGGGGCGUAUUUGUUGUGUUCAUGUUUACAACGCAACUUUUCAGAGUAUAAAGUGCAUCGCAAACUUCCAACAUAAAAUGGGUGAAAAGGGCUUCAAAAUAAGUGCACUUACUGCUCAACUGCAUGGACGAAGAUUGUUAUAAAACAGUUUAUUAUGAUAUUGCAUCUGCUCGUGGAAAUGUCUGACAGUUUGGUACUGUUAGCAUUUGUGAGGAUUUACUGGUACUUUACGCGGGUAUGUCAUCUCAAGACCAUACACAUCUCUGUAUCUACAGGCCGAAAUCACAUUUGCCUUCAAAAAAGUUGUUUUUCCAAACUGAGACAUUCCUUCAUCAAGGAUGAUGAAGAGGAUAUGGGCACAGUCUUUUAGGCUCGCGAAACAAGGUUCCUGAUCAUUCGAAUCAAAAGUCAUGUCAAAUCACAAUAAUUACCCUUUAUGGUUUUCACUUUCCUGGAAUUGGGUGCAUUUAACAGUUACAAGUUAACUACAUGGUCAACUGUUUACUAUUUUGGAUAAAUAUUGUUGAUUUCUGUGUCAGGGGUUUCAUUCACCGGUCUUUUUUUAUUUAUUUUUUUAUCUGUUGAAUUUUGGAUUAUUUUGCCUUUAAAUAAUUGAAUGUUCCAUGUGUAGGGAUUUUUUAAUUUGUGUCACUUUUUUCAUGUUGUUUAAACGUCGACUGUUGACUUCGUGACUUAUGCUUUUUAACAUAUGGUGAUGGAAUGUUGCCUGAAAUAAAAAAUAAUCCCUGA